AUGUGGAAGGCGUGCUUGCACUACGACAGCAGCAGGCGGAUCUCGACAUCCUCGAAUUUGGAGAUGCAUAUGGCGCACUCGAGGCCAUCCCUGACGCCGUGGAGGGAGGAGAAUUGGAAGAAGGGGAGCGAUUCAAUUGCGGUCUCCUGGGUCGUGCUCUGUUGCGCUAUCGCGCCGCCAAGAGGAGGAAGGGGCGAUGGUGUGGGUGGGGUUGGCGGCUAUGGCCGGAGAGGAAUGGUUUGGGAAUGA